CGCGUAGGCGCGUAAAGAAGAACAACGUCCUCAGUGGCGGCAGAUUGGGCUCAAUGGAGUCUAUUUCUCGUCUUCGUCAGGCCCUCUUUGAUACCCUCAGCGGUAAAAAGGUCGCCCAUGGUGGCCAAGUACUCCUUGACGAGCUCAUGGUCGCUAAACCGCGUCUGUUGAAGCUUUUUGAUGUUGGGGCAAGGAAUCAGCAGGAACAGAAAGAAGUCGAGUCUGGUAAGGCUCUGAUUAACGGAAAGCAAGUCGCAGUGAACACAGAGUUUGCGCGACAAGUCAUAUUCCUUUCGCAGCAGCUGGACUGUUCCGAACGCUACAUUGCUGGACUACUCCAAAAAGUCGUUGCCGAAAACCCAAAUGUCGGGCCUGUGGACUCCAUUGAAUUGGCGAUAUCCGAAUACCACCAGAGGCGGCGCCAUCUCGUCGAUUCCCUUCGUUACAUCUACGAAGCUAUCAUUGCCGAAACCCCCGAUGCCACUCUCGUCUAUUCGCAAAUUCAUCGUUUCGUCAGGGAGGAGCUUCAAGGCAUUGGGUCAGAAGGCAUAGGCAUCGAAGAGUCGCUAACUCUGAAAAUCAUAACAGAAUUCAGGGCAUUGGAAACUGCACUGUCGAAGACGGAUGCUGCGAGAAAGAGUGCAAGAAGUAACACAAUAGCACCGUCAGCGCAAGGCACUGGAAGUCUUGGUGCUGAUAUAUUGAAUGCCCGUUACGAGUCCCUCAAGUACGAACGGCGAUAUCUCGCUGCAACUCUUCACAUCAUGGCUCGUCUGGGCUUUCUGCCUCCCUCUGGAAUCAUGCGCGUCGUUGAAUGGCUCUUUUCUAAUCCCAACCAUCCCAUUACUUACUAUAUGCUCGCCACCAUUCUCGCUGCAUUCGAUCCAGCUGAUCCUAAAAGUUUUGGUGCACAUCUACGCAAUGGUAUAGCAAACGAUGCGGUGACGGUGUCUUACAUGAAGCAGAAAUUGGGACCAUCAACGAUAUGGAAGGAGCCGGGAUUGAAAGCCACCGUGUUAUUGAAGUGGACCUUAUUCUUGACAGACUUCAGGCAUCGAAAUCCAAAUAUAGAGCACCAGGAUGGGUUCAAGACAGACCAACUGGAAAGCCAGAUAUGGAACGCGGUUCAAGGAGAUUGCUUCGCUUACCUUUCUGCUGCUAUCAUUCAUCUAGAAAGGAAACAGGGCAGCACUAGCGUGCCGUCACUACUAAACUCUAUCACAUUGUCAGCGGAACAAGUAGAACAGAGAGAUAUACCGGCGGACGACUUCAAACCCGCAGUGCUCGACGCGUUUGAAACCCUCAUACGGUCUUUGUUGACGCACGCCUCCUCAGAGCUACGGAAAAUCAAGCAGCGGCAAGAGGAUGUAGUAUUGUCCAGUGCUCGAACAGAUCGCACUCGCGGCAACCAUUCUCGAUUUUCUACGGCGGCACCAGAGUCGACUGCGUCUCCGCGCACUGACAUCGGCAUGUUGUAUUCGCUUAUUGGCAUCCUGUACUCCUGCCUGCCUGCUGAAUCUGCCCUCCAAUUUUGGGGUUCUGGGCCUUCCGUCGAUUCUACUCAUACGAGUUAUAUGGAAUAUCUGGAGUCAACCGCGGGGAAGUUGCCGGCAUUUUUGCAAUGGGCAGUAUGGUCAACUCCGGUUCAUGACACGACAAUGAUGAUGACAUUGUAUGACAUGCUCGCGGGGCUGGCUAAGGGACAGCAGAGUAGCGAACUGGCAUACAAUUUUUUGGCCCGUGGAGGAGGCGAGGUCAUUCAGGGAAGCACUCUACCUUCGUCAUCUACAUCGGGCUCAACGCUCUCAUGGGCUACGGUGUUCGACGUGCUGGAUACGUGGGCUUCAAGCGCUAACACGACCCGUACCCAGCCUGUUCAACCUCUCGGUCAGAGUCUCUUUGGAGUACCUCCACCCAUGCCACCACCUCAACCAGCUCAGCAACCGGUGGUUAGCCCAAAGGAUGUUUUACUGGCACAAUCUUUCCUCCGCUUACUCUCUACUGUCGUCACUUUCUCGAUCCCCGUUCGGAUAGCCAUUUCUUCGCAUGUUCACUUCCGAGCCAUUCCUACUCUAGUGUCUCUGUUACCUCUGAGCAUUCCACUCGAACUCAAAGGUGCAUUGUUUGAGGCGCUAUCUGCUUUCUGUCACCCCGGUGCAGGACCGGCAGGUGUGGAGAUUUGUCGUGCUGUUUGGACAAUGAUGGAACGUUUGGAGGUGAUCAAUGUCAGGGCAGGUUUGCAAGUCGGUUUCCGAGCCGGCCUGUUGCCAACAAAGGGCGUUGAGGUGGAGCUCGAGGAGAUAGAAGCUGCGCACGGGUUGUAUCCCGCAACUAUUCCAUUCCUGAAACUACUCAGUACACUCAUUCACACGGCGCGCCGAGUGUCUUUGAAGGAUCGUAUUCUCGAAUCGGAGACUCUAGGAACUAUACCGGAGACCCUAGGGCAACCAUACCGAUUGCCUGGCAUUGGUCCAUUUGUCGCCUUUGUUGUCGAUAACGUUUUCGCCAAGAUUCCGAUGCGGGAAUAUUUGCGUCCCACAGAUAGAUGGAAGAUGAAUGACCUCUGUCUGUGUUUCAUCGAGCGGUGUCUUGCCAGCUUUGAUCUCGAGUCUUUACUUGCUGCAGCGGAGAAUGGUCAGCUAAAGGGCGAUGCCUUAAUUCCACUUCUCAUACAUCCUGGAUAUGAUGUGAUGAGCCGUAUGCUGACUAGUUCAGGGCUCCAACGCAGCAUUCUGUCUUAUCUUGUUGAAGGUGUCGAAGGUUUCGACAAGGGCUUCGCCGGAGAGGAGCAUUUCUUUGCCAGCACAAUUGUGAGGGUCCUUCGGAUCGUUCAGCGCGUACUCGAGAUCCAGGACAUCUUUUUAGAUGUUCUCAUCCCUCUGCUAUCUGAUUUUGAAGGUGCAUCUGCCGUGGGAACGAUCCACCAUCGCUCACACUUCACGAAAUUCGACCAAUCAUUGUCAUUUGGUCCCCAAUAUGUUCCUGCUCUCGCCUCGUAUGUCGCCUAUCUGGCAUACCCAGAGCUUGUCUUGCUAUCGGUCCGAAUCAUUAGUAUCCUUUCAUCUUCGACUUCUCUGCCCAAUCUAGCUAUCCUGAUUGAGCAGAGCGAUAACUCCGAGCGUAUCUUAGCGGGAUUCAUGAAAAUCUUAGAGACCGAGUCCACAGAGGAUGUUAUAGUAGCGGAAGCAGUCACCGAACAAACCACCGGCGCUGGUGCCCCGGAUAUGGAUGAAUCUGCGGAUUUGAGUCAGGCUACGAGACUCUCUGUUCUUGAACUGUUGAUUCAGAACACACAGUCUACACAAUCACAUCCCAAUAUCGCGUACUUCCUACUCUUUGGAAGCACGAAGAAGGAUCAGCAGGUUCAGGACCCUCAUGCACUGGGUGCACAAAAGACGUGUGUCAAUGUCAUCCUUGAUCUAUUGAAUGCUGGUGUCCCACGGUUGAAAGGGAAGGGCAAAGAUCGUGAUCUUGCGCCCUUUGCGACACCGAUGUUCAUCAGGCUUCCUGCUCUCGCGGAAAGGUGCUACAGGAUCAUAUACCAGCUGUCUGCUGACCAGUCUACCGCAGAAUUUACGAUGAGGUACCUGAGGACGAGAGAAGAUUUCUUUGCUCGCCACCUUGCUGCUGUUCCUUCGCAGGCACCUGAAGUGCUGGCGGAUCCUUUCAUCGAAGUCCUUUACGGCGAUGGAUCACGCGUCACUUCAACCGUUUCGUCCUUCAGCUCCUUCCUCCGGUCGAGGUCAUGGAUAUUCGAUCUUGUGGCAUUAGAACUCCAUGUUCUUUCUAACAAGAGUAACCAAAAGGGUGUUGCUGAACUUCUCUCCAUAUUGUUCGGAAGCGAACCCAUCUACGACAACCGUGCCGAUUGGGAAGACGAAAUGUUACGAACGUUCCACGAGGUGGGGCAGUCGCACAUGAGGGUUAUCGAGUUCCUCCAGUCGCUUGCAUUCGACUGGACGGACAGUUUGACCGUCGAACACAUCGAACUCAAGUUCCUUGGGCAACUGAAUCUCCACGCCUGUACACGAAAAGACGUCUCUGGAUGCGAAGUUAUCGAUCGGUCCGCGUUGUUGAUGCUUUUAAACACCGCAAGACGUGCCCUCUACUCCCGUAGCGCGGUUAUGGCUGCCCCUGAUGCUAAGCAACUAGCAUUUGAAUCAGCGUACGUCUUAGAGAGCUGUGCUGUGGAGAACCAUCGACGCGAAAUCGUCCAUGCCGCUGCCACCGGCUUUGAAUCAUGGCGAAGGAUGCUGGACAUGACGUUGACGAGAUGUUUCCAUCGUCUACCCCAUGAUCACAGAGAGAAUAUGCUAUUUGAUUUGCUGCACGUUCUACCCUCCAUCAUACGAACGAGCGAUCUCCAGGAAUCGACGGCUGUUUUGCUUGCAGAGAUGACCCUUUCUGCUAUCACGAAGUUACGAGAGGAUAGACACCACCAGGUGAUUCUCCAGACAGUUGCUGGGGAUCAUGAGACCAGUAGUCUUCCUGCAGAGCGGCUGUAUGCUAUCCUGACGAACAUAUUGGAUUGCAUUCUCGAGAACAGUCACGUGGAAUUCGUUCGUGGCAAUCUCUACGCCUCUAUUGUCAAUUAUGUGCAUCUCAUUUCCUCUGGCAAGCCUCAGCUCCGACAUCCGUCUUCUCUUUCUUUAUCUAUGUCAGCGUCCCUAUCAUCGUCACUCUCCGCUUCCACACGCGACAAUUUCCUCGGCGAUAGUGUCUCUUUAAAGCCGAGUCAGACUGGUUCAUUGACAUCCCCGAUACAAGUAAACAGUUUGUCGUUGAUGAAGGGUCACCUUGAAAGAAUCGUCACCAUGAUAUCUCGCGAUGCCAUCGAUGGCACAGAAGUUUGGAAGACGGUCGCCUUCAUGCUGCUCACAUCACUAUGUCAGCUUUCGGCUGCUGAAAAACAGAAUUCGGUGCUGUCGUGCCUUGUUCGCAACGGUAUCCUGUCCAACUUUGUUCAUGGUGUUGCGGAAUCCGAUCUGCUACUGCAAUCAGUUCUCAAACCUGACCCAGAUGAUCUGAACGCUCUCUAUGUCUACGAAUCAAAAAUGUCUCUUUUCAUCCGUAUUGCUCAGAGCAGAAUCGGAGCCGAGCGCUUGUUGGAAGCCAAUGUGGUGACGGUCUUGGCUCAAUCCGACUUCCUUGAUGCCAGACCUGAAGGGGACCAAGCGUUUAUAGAUCAAGAUUCUUUCUUACCUUCUGCUGUUCAACGAUACCACCAACUGUUCAUGCCAGCUUUGGAACUUGUGAAUGCGGUGGUAGCUGUGUUAGGCUCCAAACAUUCUUCCGCAAGCAAUCAAGCAUUGGAUUUCUUAUCGAAGCAUAGCCCGACCAUCGUCAUUCUGUUGAAAAACGAGAUUGAUGAUAUCUCGUUAUCUUUGUUGGAGGAGAUCCACUUACUCGUUACUCUCUGCACUAACGUGUUACCAUUGGUCCCAAAAACUGAACUGGCAUCAACGAAUUCUGGAUUCGGCGCUAUUCAUUCUGCGAUGCUGAGCCUUUCUACACGAUGCCUAGGCACGGGACGCUGGACCCAAGAUGUGAGGCCGAUUACGGAUGCUGAAAUGCUCAGCGCAAGUGUUUUGUCGUCAGGCUUCAGCUCGGAAACUAGAUUUGAUGUUAAUGUCCGCCAAAAGGAGCGUCUGCUUCGAAAAGCACUAGUCGCAUACAUUGGCUCCGCGAGCGAAUACACAGAACCCGAAAUCAAUGUCUUGUUCUCGCCGAUAACUACUGUUCCAAGGUUGGACGACCGGGGAUCCCACUUCAUUGCAACUUUGCCAACACUCGGGGACGCCAUUGAAGCCUUGAAUGUCGUUUACAAUGAUCUCGCUGAGACCCUGAAGCAAAUAUCUGAUAUUUCUGCUGAACUCGCUAUGAAGGACCAUAUUGGCGUUGAGAACAUUGAGGAGGUUGUCCGCAGCAGUGACGCUGUGAUUGUUCGGGAUCUUGACAUUGCUCAAAAACGUUCGUUUAUCUGUCGCGAGCUGGAACGGAUGAGAGACGGCCUUCAAGACGAUAUCAAGACUGAAAUCCAUACUACUGAGAUGAUUCUUCUAUUGCUGUGGAGGCACAUGCUAUUCUAUUGCGAUGAGACUCGUACAAAGAGUUCCGAAAAAGCAUAUGCCAUAAGACUUCUGUCUAUGCCUGACCCUCAAACGUUCCGGCAGGACAUAGGCAAUAAACUUCGGCCCGUGCUGCAACGGCUCAAGUCAUUAGUUCUGGGUUCGAAUAUGAUGGAUAAUGAGUGGAGAGACAAUCAGACCUACAUUGAAAUCAUGGAUCGUAGGUUGCGGGACACGGCCGGUCUGCAUGAAAGCGACGCUGAUGAGAUGGAUUAUUGAUUGAUUGUAUUUUCUGGGUCUUCUUAUCCGAGUCGUAUAUCAGUAAAUUUAAUUAUGUCGGCAUCACAGUACAAUAUGCCACUACCGAGGCAAAAGGCUUCCAGCACUGCGAGCUGCCAAUUGGCCACCAAGUCGUAAUGUUUGGGUU